GAUUAAGCCUCACUCUGGGAACUUGUGGAUUUUCCGCUACCAGCGACAUGACUCGUCACCUAAAAGGGUGUUCCACUCCGACUAAGUACUGAAAGGAGAAUACCUUCCCCUGCGCAUCGCGUGUGUCUGGGCACAUCUCGGCAGUGUUUACAGGUUUGCUCUGCGCCUGCGAGCAAACACGCGUGCACAUCAAAGCUUGUUGAGCAGUGGAACUUUGGAGAGCCGACUACAGGACAUGUUCGCCUUCGAGAGCACCCUCUUGUCCGCGCUGGUCUCCGCGCUCAUGUCGGUUCUGCCGGCGGUAUUCCUUCUUGUGUUGUCCCGACAACUCUGGACCUUCCGGUGGAACAUCACCCGGGACAAGGACUGUAAUCUCCCGUUGCCAGAGGGCUCAAUGGGUUGGCCGCUUGUCGGAGAAACGUUCCACUGGCUUUUCCAGGGGUCCAGUUUUCACAUUUCUAGAAGGGAGAGGCACGGCAACGUGUUUAAAACACACCUUUUGGGUAAACCUGUCAUUCGCGUGACUGGUGCCGAAAACAUUCGGAAGAUUCUGUUGGGGGAGCACAACCUGGUUUGCACGCAAUGGCCCCAGAGCACGCGCAUCAUUCUUGGACCCCACACUUUGGUCAAUUCCGUGGGGGAGCAUCACAAGAAGAAAAGGAAGAUCUUGGCAAAAGUUUUUUGCCGCGGGGCGUUGGAAACCUAUCUGACGCGCCUCCAAGAUGUUGUCAAGUCUGAAAUUGCCAAGUGGUGUUCGGAGGCCGGCUCCGUGGAUGUUUACGCGGCGGCCAGGGCGCUAACAUUCCGCAUAGCUGUGACAGUCCUGCUCGGUCUGAGGCUGGAGGAGGACCACAUCACAUACCUCUCCAAGAUCUUCGACCAACUCAUGAACAACCUCUUCUCGUUGCCCAUAGAUGCACCUCUGAGUGGACUGCGUAAAGGUAUCAAAGCAAGGGAAAUACUGCAAGAGGCCAUGGCGAAGAUCAUUCAGGAAAAGCUGGAGAAGAAGCAUACUGAGGAAUAUUGCGACGCCUUCGAUUACAUGCUAAGCAGCGCAAAGGAAAAUGAUUAUGACAUGACCUUACAGGAACUGAAGGAAACCGCCGUUGAGUUGGUUUUUGCCGCCCAUUCUACAACGGCCAGUGCGUCAACGUCGCUUAUCCUUCAAUUACUGAAACACCCAGAAGUUGUGCAGAAGGCCAGGAAAGAGCUUUUGACAGAGAGCCUGGGAGGGGAGAGGCAUCCUACCAACGACUCGGAGUGCACACAGACCACAUGUGAGGAUGGACCAAGUGCGCCACUGAGCGAAGUUGCGCCAUCAUCACACGAGCCAGAGAUAGACCCGGAGCAGUGCACAUAUCCUGGGAGUUCAAUAAAUAAAAGCAACGGGGUGUCUUCUGGACACACUGUAGAAAAUAACCACACUUCAAAUAUUCAAGUCCCUUGCUUGACUUUGGAGAAGCUGACGCAAUUGCGUUACCUUGACUGCGUGGUGAAGGAAGUGCUCCGGUUUCUUCCACCAGUUUCAGGAGGAUACAGAACAGUGCUCCAGACGUUCGAACUAAAUGGGUAUCAGGUUCCGAAAGGCUGGAGUGUCAUGUACAGCAUCCGAGACACGCACGAGACGGCAGCGGCUUACCAGAGUCCCGAGCUCUUCGACCCAGACCGCUUCAACGCCGAUCGUGACGAGAGCAAAAGUGGACGCUUCAAUUACGUUCCUUUUGGCGGGGGCGUGCGCAGGUGUAUUGGACGGGAGCUCGCUGUCAUUGUUCUGAAAACUCUUGCAAUUGAAUUAUUGGGUACAGCGGAAUGUCGUUUGGCCACAGAUACCUAUCCCAGGAUGCAAACCGUACCGAUUGUUCAUCCGGUCAAUGGUUUGCAUGUCCACUUUACCUGCAGGAAUGUCAGAGGAAGUGACAGCCAUAACCACACAAAUUAUAUUUGAACUGAAAAAAAAUACAAGAAAGUCAAAACUGAAGAGCCAUUCCAUAAUGAAAUAGGGCAUACCGUGUCCAUUUGCAGUGUGAAAUCUUCCAUUUAUUUUGGACCAUACCUUUAUAAAAGUAUUGCAUAGGUCUAGUUCUGCUUGGAGCGCAGGUCUACACUUUACACCAAGUGGAGAGAGGACACCACUCUCCUGCGCACGCCACCCAUACACCAGGACUUAUCAAAGUGUAAUGACAAAGAGUACUGAUUCCCAAUUGUAUCACUGUAAUGGUAACAACAACAUCACAAAUUCUAAGACCUAACACUUUGGAUAGGCCUAUUUGUUGUGCAUUGGUGGGCACUUGUCGCAGGUGAGUUCACUCUUCAGACUGGACACCUGACCGAAUAUCUGCCCCAAUUAGCCAUAGGAGUAAGUAAAUGGCGGGACACCUCUGGGUUUGCCUCCUCUGGGCUUACAAAUGAGACGACAUUCUCCAGGAGCGCAUUUGGACGUGGCUCACGAAGAACCCAAACUAACUGCGGACGCCUUCUCUACUUCUCAACACUCAGCCCAAUAGUGGACUCAUUUACCCUGUCUUAUAUGUUUUAAAUGAAGUAGGUCAAAAUAAGCUUUAUUUAUAAAAUGUUGUAGGAUACUAGUUUCCCAUAGAAAUGUAGCCUACUGUAUGCGGAUAAAAUAUCUGCCCAUACCCUGAUUUUGGUUAUUAUUAAAUCGUCAUUUAUUUUUCAUAGACUGUACAGCGUUGAGUUUUGUGUCUUUAUAGGAAUAUAUAGUAUACAGACCUAUAGGCCAUUUUGUGAAUAUAUGUGUAGAUCCUACUGACACUAUAUAUUGAGGAUUGUAAAAUGUGAAGAAUGAUCCAUGUGCUGUGAGUAAAUAAUGUCGCGCGUUUAAAGGGAAGGAGAAUUAAACCGUAUAGCACUUUUAACACACUUGAAGAAAGAUUUAAGAUUAUAUCGAUCAGAGACUUGAUUCGUUUUAAUGCUGCGUAUGAUUUGGAAUAAUUAUCUGAAACAGGCUCUUUGAUCAAAAAAUCUAAAAUAUUUUUUUCUGUGUUGUGAGUAGACUAAUGUGUGUGUGUAUAUAUAUAUAUAUCUGUAUUUUAUGUAAAUUAUUCGUUACAGUUUUGUGUGUUUAGAAUCGGUUGUACUUUUUGUUAUUUUGGGGUCAA